UAUACACGGUUGUUUUUUCCGUUUCGAUUAUAUUCGAAUGUAUAUAUUUUUUCAAUCGUAAUUUGAUACCAUAUUAUAAUUUUAAGUUCAGGACGUUUAAUUUCAGCCCAUUAUCAUCACCAUUUUGAAAUGUAGGUCCAGUCAGAGAAUUGGACAUUUUCAGUUCAAUGGAUUCCCAAAGCCUUAAAGAGGAGUUGGAUAGACUCCAUGUCCAAAACCAGGAGAUGAAACACAUAAUGCAGCAGCUCCUGAGGGAAAACCUGGAGCGGAUGCAGUACACCGGCUCCCAUACUUGCUUCCCGGCAUGUUGUCAUCAUCAGCUGUUUCACCCGCAUCUCCAUCCUCAUCUUGUGCCUGUGAUGCUGCCAGACCAUAAUCCCACAAUGCUCUGCGGCUCUCUCCAGUCGCUCAGAGCCGGUGUAGCGUCUGGUCAGCAUGAGCUGUUGCCCCCUAUCACCCCUGCACGUGCCCAGCAGCAGCAGUCCUGUGGCUCAUUCCCCUCCUUGCCUGCACUAGCCCAGGGCCAGGACCCGGUCCAGCUGAUCCUAGGUGACAGACGGCUCUCUGCAAUUCCGCAAGGAGGUGCUCCGCGUCCCCUAGGCAGGAAGAAUUUGACUGGCCUUGAUCGGGCUCACCCACUGAUGCCACUCCAUCACAACAUAGCACCGGGUGGCAUUGCCAAUGGCAGCAUGGCACCUGCUCCACCUGUCAUCAACAAGGCAACAGGCAAAAGUCAGAACAACAAGCCGAAGAAGAUCAAGGCCAGGCGCUGUAUCAAAACUGUCCAAGAUGUUGGCCUGAAAACCAGCAGUCAACAGGACAACAUAAACAGUAACCGAAACCAUAUCAACGGUUGUCAACCCCCGGUAAAGCAUACAAUGCAGUCAGAGCAGGAGCAGGAUAUGGGGUGUGUGCUAGAACCCCUAAACGUUCACCAGAUCCCUGAGAACCUCCGACUGGAGGCCCUGUGUGUUGCUGAGGAGAUCAGACUCACCAGUCUCCGCUGUAACAGUGUCCUCAGUGGCAAUGCCAGCGCUUCUGACCGUGCAGGCAGUUCUACGAGCAGCCUCAGCCCUGUGGACCUCAGGACCCCGUCCGCACUGCGUGCUCUGCCCUUCCUCAACACCCCCACUCCACCCAUUGCCCAUGCUGUCCCCUCCCCCCCAGAGACAGCCAAACCCCAGGUAACCAAUCAGAGACGGUUCGUCAGUAGACUACCCCGCCUCAAGAAGACAGCUUCACUUAGUGUGGCCACUGCUGUGACAGAGCAAAGGUCCGUGGAGUGUCUGGCAGAGAAGGAAGAAGUGAAGGAGUGUAAGGAGGUGAAGAAGAAGAGAGUGAUAGAGAAGCAAACAAGCAACACCCAGCAGAUCAGGGAGCUCCCAGAGCUGGCCAAACUGCCCCCUGUGUCCUGCCCCGAAGAGGCCAUCCUGCAGGCCUUCAGGCUGCUCAGAGAGGAUGACUGGGAGCAGAAGAUCGAGGCCCUGAUCUCCAUCAGGUCUCUGUCCCAGCACCACGCUGAGGUGCUACUGCCCAGGUUGCAUGAUGUGUGUCUGGCUGUCUACCACGAGGUGAAGAACCUGCGCUCAAUGGUUUCCCGCGCUGCCAUGGUGACGCUGGCCCACCUGCACGCUCACCUGGGGCGAGGCAUGGACACAGAGGCCGAGGGCACAGCCCAGACACUGCUGCCGAAAGCUGGAGAGGCCAGCGGCUUUAUCAGGGAGGACAUGGAGCUGGCACUGGGGUACAUGGUGCUCAAUGUCACCCCCUCUCGCAGCAUGAAUGCCCUCAUCAACACAGGGCUCAGACACCGUAAUGCGGCCGUGAGGAAGACCACUGCACAGUUCCUGGAGAGACUGGCAGAGGUCAUGGGGGCAUCCCGCGUCUUGUCUGGCAAAAAGAACCUGACUGACCGCUUCAUCCACUCCAUCAGCUGUCUGGCCCUCGACAGUGCACAGGAAGUCAGGACCCAUGCCCGUAACACGCUGACAUUCUUGGCUUGCCAUUCUGACCUUAUCAAGAUGGUGGACAGGUUCGCCCCUCAGAGAGAUCAAGGCACUGUCAGGGACAUCAUCAACAAAUGGCAAAAAAAAAAUAUUCAUUGAAGUGAACAUCCAAGCUGGAAGAAUGCAAUAAUGAAUACUGGUCUACACACAAACCGUAUUUUUUUUUUUUUAAAUGUGCCUUAAGCAAUGCACCAUCCCUAGUCGCCAAUCCAAAUUAAGAAGGAAUUCGGGCAUCAACAAAGGAUCAUCUAGACCAGCAGAAGCCCACCAGCAGCGUUCCAGCAAGACCAAGCUUCUUCUCCCAUUCCAGUUUGCUCUCAUUCACUCUCAAGCAGCUCUACAGCCCCCAACCAGCUACAGCAUUCAAACAUCUAUUUUUACAUAGGCCUAAUUUGCAUUUUGU